UAUAAACAAGCUAACUCCCGCCAUUUACCACUGUGAGAGAAAUGGAGAUUUUGAGAGAGCAACCGAAGAGCCACUCCGAUGAAUCGUUCAAACUCGCGAUCGCAAUGGCACUCGUCCGAUCAAAGCUUCUCCACAAACCUCCGGCAGAAACACCGGCUCCGCCUUCUUCCUCCACCGCCGUCGUUCCUCAACCUGCUGCCGCAGCUUCUUCUUCCUGCGCCCCUCUUUCUCAUUCCGAUGAUGCUGUUAAAUGGAAACAAAAAGCAAAAGAGCGUAAACGAGAAAUUCUCAGGCUCAAGGAGGAUCUCAAAGUAGCCGAAGAUGGUUCACAGUGUGAUAUAUUUCCAAAAAGUGCAUCAUGCAAGUGUUAUUUCUUUGAUAAGUUGGGAUUAUUGAGUCCUAAGAAAAUUGGAGUUGGUUCUGACCAACGGUUCAGUGAUGUGUUGCGGAGAAGAUUUCUCAGACAAGUGAGGAUUAAGGAGAGAAAGAGGAGAAGACCAGAUGAUUCCUUACUUCACCGCAUUUCAGAACAUGACAAUGAAAAUAAUGUUGAGCAACUGAGUGCUUCAGUUGAUUUUCUUUUGGAGCUUUGUGACACUAUUUCUCCUCAAAGUUUGGAGGAAGGUAAUUUUAAGAACUGGUGCCACCAAGCCGUGGACUUUAUUCUUGGUACACUGGCUACAAUGUCACCAACUGAAAGAAACAGAGAGCCCGUGGAAGGCAUUAUCAACAGUUUAAUCAUACGUUUAUUGAGAAGAAUGUGCAGUGCCUUGCAUAGAGAUGACUCUCAUCACUUUGACGCUGAUGUUCAGUUCUAUAUUCAACAUUUGAUGCGUAAGGUCGGAAAUGAGGCUUUUGUCGGCCAGCGUCUAAUAUUUGCAGUUUCUCAAAGGAUUUCUGCAAUGGCAGAAAGUUUGCUUUUCAUGGAUCCAUUUGAUGAUGCCUUUCCAAGUAUGCAUAAUUCUAUGUACAUGAUGAUUCAGCUUAUUGAAUUUCUGGUUUCAGAUUAUUUGUUAACCUGGUCAAAAGGUGGAGAUUUCGACAUAAGGCUUUUUGAAGAAUGGGUUGUAUCAAUUCUCCACGGAAGAAAAGCAUUGGAACUUCUAGAAAACAGGAAUUCUCUUUAUGUCCUGUACAUAGAUCGUGUAAUCGGAGUUGUGGCCAAGCAAGUGGGACAGUUGUCAUUUCUGCAAAAGCUAAGCCCACAGAUUCUUGAGAACUUGUUUAGCUAAGCACUGACCUGCAGCUUUUCCCUUGUGAACUCCUCCAAGCCAAACUCCACCACUGGAGGAGGGGCAACUAAGUUGUACUAAAACUCAAGAUAUUAACGUCCAGAUUAAAAGGAGAGCACGAAUCGUUCCUAUUACUCCAAAUGUGGGUGCUCGUCAAAGAUCAAGAUCAUCAUCUGCUAUCGGGAAACAAAUAUCUUCAUUGCAAGUGUAUUCACCUCUGUUUUAUCUCCUUUCAUUUAGUUUCUUUUUGCUCUAGUAGCCAUGCUAGAGCAGAAAUACGGUGAAGGCCGACUUGCUUGACGGCUCAAUAAAAGGAAAAUUAACACAUAAAUUAGGCAGUUAUCCUGAUUUGGUUUUGCUUCUCCCGGUCAUCCGUUUUGUGCUAUCUUAUUACUUGUUAGGACUAUAUAAUGUUGAGUUCUUUUCUACUGUAUCCUUUAAAAAUUUCUACUAGUGUAUCUUAGGCCUUGAGCUUGAAUGGAUUUGCUUAGCUAUCCUUCUUUAUUGCUUUAGGACAAUUGACAAAGUGGCUUUAUAUUCAAAGGCAUCGACGGAAUUGUUGCUUUUGACGUGUAAGUUGUAAUACAUGUUACAAUUUCUCUCUUUUUAAUUAGCAUUUGGUAUUAUAAGAUGCUUCCCUUUCAUUGCCUCUGCUUUUAGGCAAAUAUGCUAUAAGUAAAUAGUGUAGCUGUAUUAUUGGAAUAAAAAUUAUGAUUCGGAA